AUGAUACCAGCGGUGCAAUGGUCAUACCCGCACCCGCAUCCAGUACAGCACCCAUCAACUCACGCCCACUACUUCCACCUCCCACACCCACACCCACCACCACAACCACCACACCCAUCACCACCACAACCCCCCCCCCCCCACGCGCGCGCCCACAACCAUGGCCACGCCCAAAUCCCCCUCCCGCACGCCGACGACGACGACGCGCUCAUCAACGGGAUCCUCAACGGCGACGCGCUCGCCGGUGACGUCCCCGGCGACUUCAGUUUCGGCGACACCGUCGGCAAGGUAGCCGACGCCGUCGACUAUGAGGACAUCAGCGAUGACGACCUCCUCCCCGAGGAAGAAGAGCCCGCCAACAACUCUGCCAACACUACGGCCGCCAAUGAUACCCAGCUGACCGAGGAGGAUGCAGAGGGUGACGAGCUCUUCGACCUGAUGAAUGAGGGCGAAGCUCCGUCGGCAGCUCUCGGUGACGAGCUUGAUGAUCUGUUUGGUGACAUGGACGCACUUGAGGACUCUGGCGGGGGCGGUGGGGAGCUCGACAUGGACAUGAGCCUAGACUUCGGCGGUGUCGAGGUUGCGGACGGUGGCAGCGGCAGCGGCAGCGGCGGCGGCGGUGGUGCUGGCGCUUCCGGGCAGCUAUACGACGGCGAGGCAGCGAAAGCAGGGGCUGCGCUCUUCAAGGAUAUCGACUUUGGGAUGAGCCCCGGGGAGAUGAUGGAGUCUACACGAACCGAACAAGAGCUCGUGAAGCAGUACUUUCCCGACUUUGAGCCCCACAAGAUCCUCAGCUUCAACUCCCUCUUCAAGAGUAAGCCAGCUACCCUCAGUACCGUCCUCCCAAAGGCGCCCAAGGUCUGCGUACCCACAAAGAUCAACCUCGAGAUGGCGCCCGACGACUCUGUUAUGUUCUCCAAGGGCGCUGCCGGCAUCAAGGGGUAUGUCGAGCGGGAUGACGACGAGCGACGGGCAAGGAUCAUCAUCAUACCGCCGCAAAUCGAGGAGAUUGAGUCAGAUGAAGAGGAGGAGGAGGAGAAGCCGGAUCCAGAGGAGGCAAAGAAAGAUGCGUCGUUUGAGCGGGACCUGGUCCUGGCCUGCGACGAUUGGGACAGCAAGAUUGAGGCGAUUCUGGCAACGCCGCCGCCAUCGUCGCCGGCGAUGCCGAAGCGGGAUUUGGACGACGAUGAUGCGGAAAUCGAUGUGGUCGAGAUCCGGAAUGAGAAAAACCGGCCGGAGAAGCGGGUUAAGAUUGACCAGUUCCUGGACCAAUUACCGGACUCGUGGCUGGACGAGGAUGCAAUUUUUAAUGGAAACCUCACGUCUAUCUCGGCAAAGGUUACGUUGGACUUGAAUGAUCCAUAUCUUCUGGUGGAUAUCCGCCAGCCCAAUGAAAUUCGGCGAACACGGAAGAUUGGUGGUGAGUUCAAGAGAAGGGUCAACAAGGACCUUACUCAGAGAUACAAUAUCAGCAACGACGAGGCCUACGAUCUACUGAAAGGGAACCACCAGAACAAGGUCAGAAGCACUAUCGGGCAGCUUAAUAUCGAGCACAGUAUGCCCGCAUUGAGAUUACAAUCACCAUACUACAAAACCAAGCUCUCUAUCAAAGAAGCCCGCUCCUUCCACCGUCCCAGCCUCCAUUUCCAUGUGAAUCAGGAAAUGCGCUUCUCUAAGAUCAAGAGCCGUAAAAAAAAAACCUGGCGCGGCAAAGACAUUCAAACGGUUCUUGCCACAACCAAAGACAUCUCGCUCAUGGACAAUUGCAACUUCAUUCUUCUCGAGUACUCGGAGGAAUACCCUACCGUCAUGUCAAACUUCGGAAUGGGCAGCCGUCUCAUCAACUACUACCGCCGAAAGGGUCCCGACGACGAGUCACGACCAAAAUACGAUAUUGGUGAGACCCAGGUACUAAUGAGUCAGGACAGGUCUCCGUUCUGGAAUUUUGGAACUGUUGACCCGGGAGAGACGGUUCCGACGCUGUACAACCGCAUGAGUCGUGCCCCGAUCUUUAAGCAGACACCAAAGAGCACUGACUUUCUUGUCAUUCGGAACACGCACGAUAAUCAGAGCCACUACUUCCUCCGCACAAUCCCACACAUAUAUGUAGUGGGUCAGCUCCUUCCCGUCACUGAUGUUCCAGGUCCACACUCCCGUAAAGUCACAACAGCGGCCAAGAACAGGCUAAAGAUGGUUUGCUACCGUGUUGUGAAGCGGAAAGAGGGUAAAGCCAUUGCAGUCAAGGAUAUAUCUGCACAUUUCCCGGAAAACAAUGAUCUACAAAACAGACAGAAGAUCAAGGAAUUCAUGGGAUACCAAAAGAGCAGCGGUCUCUGGGAAAUGAAACCUGGCGAAGUCGUCCCCGACGAGCCCGCUAUCCGCGCCAUGGUCAAACCUGAGGACCUCUGUCUUCUUGAGGCUAUGCAAGUCGGCGUUCGUAACCUCGCUGACGCUGGUUAUGCAAAAACUGUCGAGGAUGAAGAAGACGAUGAUAAAGACGGUAUGAGUCUCGAGACCCAGCUCACCCCCUGGGUCUCUACAAAGAAUUUCAUCAACGCUACACAAGGUAAAGCAAUGUUACAGCUCCAUGGUGAAGGUGACCCCAGUGGCCGUGGUGAGGCAUUCUCAUUUGUUAGAACCAGCAUGAAGGGAGGUUUUAAGGCCGUCGGCGAGAGUGUCGAGGAAAAAAUGGACAAAGCCCGCCUCAAGGAGCUCGGCGGGCAUUCCUACAACGUUGCCCGUCAGCAGCGUCAGUAUGAGGAAGCAAUUGACCAGAUCUGGCGCUCACAGCACAGAAGUUUAUCAUCAACUGAGCCUCCAGACCUUGAAAUCGAGGACGCCCAGCGUGACGAGCACGUCGACGACCUCUUCGAAGAAGGAAUGACACCCCGCAGCCAGUUCUCCCGCUUCAGUGCCACCAACCAGCGCAAUAAGGUGCUCAAGAUUGUCCGCCGCGUCCGCAACGAUAAAGGCGAGCUUGAGAACAAAGUCGAGCUAGUCACCGAUCCCAAGGUGAUCCGACAGUAUCUCCAGCGGCGGCGGGAUCUUGAGGCUGAGAAGACCCAAGUCGAGAAUAUCGUCCCUACCGGUAACGACGAGGAGGACCAGAGGAACAAGAAGAGGCUGCUGAUCGAGCUUCAGAGAUUACAAAGGAAUAAGGAAAGGAGAGAGGCGAGAGAAAGACAGGGCAAGAAGGGGAGCUUUAGUACUGGUGAUGUAAUGUCGCCGGAGGCCACAACACCUGGCUCCCCGAUGACUAUGAUGCCGGUUCCAGGAAAAACUGCUACUACGAGGAAGUGUGCGAAUUGUGGGCAGGCGGGGCAUAUUCGUACAAACAAGAAACUGUGCCCCAAGCUGAAUGGGACCUGGGCGGAGCUGGGGAUGAGCCCGCCUGCACCCGCAGGCACGCCUACAGGAUCUUAA